GAAAGAAGAUUAGGAUUCAAGAUUUAAUAUGGGAGAUGAUAAUAUAUUCAAUGACAUGACAAAAUAAGCUCUCUUAAUGAUGAUGAUUUUGUUCUCCUCCUCUUCUUCUUCUUCUUUGUGUCUUUCUUGAUUCUUUGCCUUUCACAUUCCUUUUCUAGUGUUCUUUAACAAAUACAUAACAAGAAGUUAUAUAAAGAAAGUUCUGAUCUCUUUAAUUAUCUUCUUGUGGAAAGUCUUUCUUGAUUAAUUCUUUGGGUCUUUGCUAUUCACAUUACAUUUCUUUCGUCUUUUCUUGAUUAAUUAGUUACACAAGAAGAACAAAUUAAGCUUCUUCUUGUUUCUUUCUUUGAUUCUUUGCCAUUGGCAUUCUUGUUCUUGUGUUCUUCUUGGAUUUGUAUAUACAAAAUCAAGAAUUUUCUUCCUUGAUUUGUAUAUACAACAAAGUUGUUUUUCAAUUCUUGGGUUUCUUUCUUUCUUUGUAUUUCAUUCGGUUUGGCGUUUCUUGAAUUAAUAUUGGAAUUUGGUUUCUUUAAUUCUUUACUUUCUUGAUUUUUUUUUUUUUUGUUGUGUCAUUUAGAGGGUAUUUAUAUAUUAUUAUAUAUACACUGCUAAAUGGCACAAUUACCUCCAAAAAUCCCUAACAUGCAACCAACUGCUUGGCCUGACUUCUCCCACCAAAAGUUACCUUCAACAGUCAGCGCCAUUAUGCCACCUUCUAACAACAAUGCUGCCACCGCCGCCGCCGCCACCCAAAACCCUUCGUGGGUAGACGAAUUCCUAGACUUCUCGUCGGCAAGACGUGGGACCCAUAGGAGGUCAGUGAGUGACUCCAUUGCCUUCCUAGAGGCGCCAUUGCUGGAAGAAUGUCGUGGCACCGGAGGUCCGCCACAUCAUGGGUCCGAACAUAACAGCAGUACUGAUUUUGAUAAAUUUGACGACGAGCAAUUCCUGUCUAUGUUCACCGAUGAUAUCACCAAGGCUGUGGCAGCCCCGUCGUGCUCCAACCCUUCGACACCGUCUGAUCAUAAUAGCAUUAAUGAUGAGAAAGAAACAACGCCGUCUGAUCAGAAACUUCAGAAGAUAAGAAAUGAAACCGAUGAGGUUCAAAGUCAAUGCCAAACGGAGACACAAACUCCACCAAAUGCGACCAAUACCAAUUCUUCUGACAGGAUAGUUGAUCCCAAAAGGGUAAAAAGAAUAUUGGCAAAUAGGCAAUCAGCACAAAGGUCACGGGUGAGGAAGCUGCAAUACAUAUCUGAGCUUGAACGAAGUGUAACUUCAUUGCAAGCUGAAGUUUCAGUUCUGUCACCAAGAGUUGCCUUUCUAGAUCAUCAACGUUUGCUUCUAAAUGUGGAUAAUAGUGCUCUUAAGCAAAGAAUUGCUGCCCUAGCCCAAGACAAAAUUUUCAAAGAUGCUCAUCAAGAAGCAUUGAAGAGGGAAAUAGAGAGAUUGAGGCAAGUGUACCAUCAACAAAACCUAAAGAAAAUGGAAACUGCAUCUCCAGCAACUGACCCUACUGAGAAAGAACAGCAACUUCUGCAAGUUUAAUUAAUUAAUUAAACUCUUUAAUUUCCAGUGAGUCUUUAAUUAAUUCAAGCAUGGUAUUAAAAAAAAA